GUUGAUGCGUCAGGUGGGGAUUGCAUUCCUGAAAUGGAAGUCCAGUCUUCAUUUGAAAAAUUUAGUCAGUCAUCUGAACCAGUUUCCACAUUCAACAGUGAAGAAUUUGUCUUGGUUCAUCAGCAUCCUGAAGAUCCUCGUGUAAAAGAUGAGAAACCUCAACUAAAAAUAUUUUCAAAUGGAGAUGAACAGCUGGAGAAAGCCAUGGAAGAGAUACUAAGAGAUUCUGAAAAAGGCCAAAUAAGUUGUGCUACUGAUUGUAAAGACUUCCAUAAUGCUUGCAGAGAGUCAUCUGAAGAUGUUUCAGACAGUCAGAGAAACCAGUCUUCUUUACAUCUAUUUCUAGACCCUUCCACUACAGAAAUCUCAGCACCUAACCCAUGUUCCCCUAGUGAACCACCAGAAGAGGACAGUGUAUUAUUUAACAAACUUACGUACCUAGGUUCUAUGAAGGUUUCUGCUCCUCGCAGUGAGUCAGAAGCUCUACAUGCUAUGGCAACUUUGAAAUCUUCAUGCCAGUCCUCUCUUCCUGUGACUCUCUAUGUUCCGAAUAUCGCAGAAGGCUCUGUAAGAAUAAUAGACCAAACCACCAAUUUGGAGAUAGCCUCUUUUCCAAUCUAUAAGAUAUUAUUCUGUGCACGUGGACAAAAUGGAACUGCAGAGAGUGACUGCUUUGCAUUUACAGAGAGUUAUUGUGGAACAGAGGAGUUUCAGAUUCAUGUUUUCUCCUGUGAGAUUAAAGAGGCAGUCAGCAGAAUUUUAUAUAGUUUCUCCACAGCAUUCAGACGGUCUUCCAAACAAGCUGCAGAUCAUGUAAAGGACUCUGUUCCUCCUUCCCCAGAUAGUGAUGUAUUUACUUUCAGUGUCUCCUUAGAGGUCAAAGAAGAUGAUGGUAAAGGAAAUUUCAGCCCUGUGCCAAAGGACAGAGAUAAAUUUUAUUUCAAAUUGAAACAGGGAAUUGAGAAGAAAGUUGUGAUCACAGUCCAGCAACUCUCAAACAAAGAAUUGGCCAUUGAAAGAUGCUUCGGGAUGCUGUUAAGCCCAGGUCGAAAUGUGAAAAACAGUGACAUGCAUCUACUUGAUAUGGAGUCCAUGGGAAAGAGCUGUGAUGGGAAAGCUUAUGUUAUUACUGGAAUGUGGAAUCCUAAUGCACCUAUCUUUCUAGUACUUAAUGAGGAAACACCUAAAGAUAAACGUAUGUACAUGACUGUGGCAGUGGAUAUGGUGGUCACUGAAGUGGUAGAACCAGUCCGCUUUUUGCUGGAAACUGUUGUUCGUGUGUACCCAGCCAAUGAGCGUUUCUGGUAUUUCAGCAGAAAAACCUUCACAGAAACUUUCCACAUGAAGCUAAAACAGUCUGAAGGGAAAAGCCACACAAACGCUGGGGAUGCCAUUUACGAAGUUGUAAGUCUACAGCGGGAGUCUGAGAGAGAUGAUGAAUCAGUCAGUCCAACAAGUGGAGGGGUUCCACUAUCGCCGCAGGAGGAUGAGGCAGAAGAAGAGAGCGAUAACGAACUCUCAAGUGGUACUGGUGAUGUAUCUAAGGAUUGUCCCGAGAAAGUCUUAUAUUCCUGGGGAGAAUUACUGGGGAGAUGGCACAAUAACCUUACUAUGCGACCAAAAGGACUAUCUACACUGGUGAAGAGUGGAGUUCCAGAGGCACUAAGGGCGGAGGUUUGGCAGUUGCUAGCAGGAUGCCAUGACAACCAGGCUAUGCUGGACAAAUACAGAAUUCUUAUCACAAAGGACUCUGCCCAGGAGAGUGUCAUUACCCGAGACAUUCAUCGAACAUUUCCAGCCCAUGACUAUUUCAAGGACACAGGAGGAGACGGGCAGGAAUCACUAUACAAGAUCUGUAAGGCAUACUCAGUCUAUGAUGAAGAAAUUGGCUAUUGUCAGGGACAGUCCUUCCUUGCUGCAGUGUUGCUGCUACAUAUGCCAGAGGAGCAGGCCUUUUGUGUGCUGGUGAAGAUCAUGUAUAACUACGGCUUACGAGACCUCUACAAAAAUAACUUUGAAGAUCUUCACUGCAAAUUUUACCAGCUGGAAAAACUAAUGCAGGAGCAGCUACCUGAUUUAUAUAGCCAUUUCUCAGUUCUGAACCUGGAAGCUCAUAUGUAUGCAUCCCAGUGGUUUCUCACCCUCUUUACUGCCAAAUUCCCACUCUGCAUGGUCUUCCACAUCAUUGAUUUACUACUCUGUGAGGGUCUGAACAUAAUCUUCCACGUAGCCUUGGCACUCCUAAAGACCUCAAAAGAGGACCUUUUACAGGCAGAUUUUGAAGGAGCUUUAAAAUUCUUCAGAGUUCAACUGCCAAAGAGGUACAGAGCAGAAGAGAAUGCUAGAAGACUGAUGGAACAGGCCUGCAACAUUAAGGUGCCUACAAAGAAGCUAAAGAAAUAUGAGCGAGAGUAUCAGACAAUGCGAGAGAGUCAGCUGCAGCAGGAAGAUCCAAUGGACAGAUAUAAGAGGGAGAACCGCAGACUACAGGAAGCCAGCAUGCGGCUGGAACAGGAAAACGAUGACCUUGCCCAUGAACUUGUAACAAGCAAAAUUGCCCUACGAAAUGACUUGGACCAGGCUGAAGACAAGGCAGAUGUUCUGAACAAGGAGCUUCUCCUGACUAAACAGAAGUUAGUGGAAACUGAGGAAGAGAAGCGGAAGCAAGAAGAAGAAACUGCCCAGCUGAAGGAAGUCUUCAGGAAACAGCUAGAGAAGGCAGAAUCUGAAAUAAAGAAAACCACAGCCAUUAUUGCAGAAUAUAAACAAAUUUGUUCCCAACUGAGUACCAGACUAGAAAAACAACAGACUGCAAGUAAGGAGGAACUGGAGAUUGUGAAGGGUAAAGUGAUGGCUUGCAAACACUGCAGUGAAAUUUUCAGUAAGGAAGGAGCAUUGAAGUUGCCUGCUAUAAGCAAAGAGACCCAGGGAACAGAAACAGAUGAUGAGAAGGAUGCACUCAAGAAGCAGCUGAGGGAGAUGGAGCUGGAACUGGCACAGACCAAAUUGCAACUUGUGGAAGCAAAAUGCAAAAUUCAGGAGCUGGAGCACCAGCGAGGAACCCUUAUGAACGAAAUUCAAGCUGCUAAAAACUCUUGGUUUAGCAAAACCCUGAACUCUAUCAAAACUGCCACGAGCACCCAGCCACCACAGCAGCCUCUGCCAUCCCAGCCAUCUAAAGAGAGCAGUACAUAGUUCCAGCCAGACCUCAAGCACAAGAGCACAAAGAACAAAGCAACUAAUACCCUGGAGGAUUUUUCCCAAGGGUCUCUCUUCUUGGGGAAAGGAUGAAAGGCAGGAGUGUGGGACUUGAAGUAAAAUCCUUCAGUGUCUUUACUCAUUCUGUUGUGACCCUUCCAAAGGGAAGUUAUUUAAAGAAUCUAAUUUCAUGUUGAAUACUUACUUCCCAACUGCCUUCCUGAAAGCCACAUUCCAAUACCGUUGUCCUUUUACACUUUCUUUUCUAUGCUAGAGGUUAAGAUGAAUAAUAAAUAACUCAGAACUAAGUGUUUAGUAUGUGAACUAAAAAAGUUAUUUUUAUCUUGCAUAAAAGAUUUUUCUUUUUGGGAAAGAGAAGGCAGCAUAAAGUACUGAGGCAUAAAUCUUGUAAAAGCACAGUAUAAUGCCAGGUUCUAUACUCAUGCUAUAGGAUCAUCUCAAGUUUACUGUAGUGAUUGCAUCCUGUAAAGAAGCAUUUCCCCUUCGUUGUAAGUCUUAAAUCACAGCCAAAAUAGUCUUGUGCUCUUUCUGGCAUAGCACAAGUAUUUAAUCUUCCCUGUGAAUAUUCUGAUUGAUUUUGGCUAUUAGUUUCCUGCACAGAUUCAAGGAGCAGAGAUCUUUCCAGGUGCUGAGUGGCAGCACUAUUUAAUUCUUGUGUAUCACACCUGAAUUGGAAUUUAAAGUGAAAUCUUCUGGUUCCCAUCUUAUUUUAUGGUUUAUUUUCAGAACUGGAGACAUGUUAGUUUUGACAUUCUAUUAAGACUUUGCAAUAAAAGCUAUUUUCAGUGUGAAGUGGAUGGAAAUAUUUUAAUCUGAAACACUGGGCCAAGGGUUAAGCAUUGCAUUUGGCACAAAUCUGGGCCUAUCAAAUCAAAAAGCUCUCUUUGCACAGAAGAAACAACCAUCAUGGAAAAGUUUUUGUUUUUGUCACUUUAUUAGAGAAUCUUAAGUUGCUGUAUCCUUUUUUAAAAGGACAAAAUAUUUAAAAUGCAAGACAGAUUUUACACUUGAGGUAAAUUCUUUGAUGAUUAUUCCUGAGUCUGUCUGAAAACCUUAAUCAUCUUAAUAUCUCUAAGUUGAAGUGAGAAAGCAGUUGACAUUUUUGAUUGAACUUAAAUGUUUAUAGAAAUACUUAUUUCAUGAAAAAUUAAACUAUUGCUUAAACUGAUGGAAAUAUUUUUAAUUUUAUUUAACAUUUUAUAAGAUGGUCUUGCAGAUAAAUAUCAUUGCUGGAUAAGAGGUUGGUUGUGUAUUAAGUUUCCCCAUGUUAUAAAAAGCUCUAGGGACAUUAGCCCUUUUUGAUUUUUUUUUUAAAUUUAAGUAAUGCAAUAUCUUAUCAGCUCUGUACAAUAAAGUUUAAUGAUACAUGCUUUAUUUUCAGGCAUAUUUGCAGAAGAUUUUUACAUGUUGUACAAGUUUAACAUUUACC